AUGAAGAUCGAUGUCUGGGUCAGCUUGCAAGAGAGCUUUGAUAAGAUCAAUGGGCAACUUGAGAAGGUCAUGAGAGCUACGGAGUCAGAUAGAGCUCCUAAUCUUUACAUUAAGGCUCUCGUAAUGUUGGAGAAUUUCUUGAAGCAGGCCUUGGCCAAUAAGGAGGCAAAGAAGAAGAUGAGCAGUAGUAAUGCGAAGGCCUUGAAUUCAAUGAAGCAAAAGUUGAAGAACAACAACAAGCAGUAUGAAGAUUUGAAUAACAAGUACAUGGAGAGUCCAGAUCUUUUUGAGGAGAAAAAUGAGGAUGAGGAAGAGGAUGACAAAGGUUCAGAAUUUGAUGAGGAUCCAUCUGAGCUUACGAGGCCAGGUUCUGAUGAGGAGGAUGGGGAUGAAGAUGAAGGGAACAGAGGGUUAUCUGAAACUGGACUUGGUUGGGAGAAGAUGUUGAGCAAGAAAGAUAAACUGAUGGAUAAGUAG